AUGGAGGGAAACGCACACCUCCUCCAGGUCAUCCGCAAGAUGCGUUCCCAAAUCAACAAGCUGGAAAGGGAAAACAGGGCCCUGAGGGGAGAGCUGCAGGUCUGCGGGCAGAGAGCUGUGCCACUGGAGAGAGAGGCAGCAAGAGGAGGCGGGGAUGGCGACGUGAGGAGCCUCGCCAAUGAUGGGGAAGGACCAGCUGGCUCUCCAGCAUCCCUGCACAGAAGCAUCAUGGCCGGUCCUGCUCCGGCACCAAAGGAGCAGACAGAUGCCACCAUGACCGUGCGGCGCUACUCUACCACUGCACCAGCGCCCACUCCUUCCAGCGCGAGGUCUCACCAGGACGGCAAGAAGCCUCCAAGCAAUGGUCUGCUGGACACGCUGGGCAGUGCCAGGCCACCAGCCCCUCCUGCUGCGGCACAGCUUGCCAGUGGAGAGGAGAAAGCGCUUGGAGAAAUGCCGGCCAACUACUCUUACAGCCAUUCCAGCAAAAUGAAGCUGUUUCAGGAGCACAUCUAUAAGUGCAGGGGUAAAGUAAAGGCUGUGAGUUUCCUCUUACCGAUGGAUGUGUCAUCAUACGCUGAAAAGCAAGGUUCCCUGAAAAGCCCACAAAAUCAGAGCACAAAACAGUUAACCGCCAUCGCUGAAAAGGAUAUGUGA